GAGAUAAACACGGAGCUCGGCUGCAUCCGUGAGCGCGGCUCUGGCCCUUUCGGGAGUUAUAUGUUUUUGCACAUUUAGUUGUUCUAGAAAGGUUAUUUCUCUCCAACUUCAGCUACAGUGUUGGCUAAGUUAGGAGAGGAGAGAAGGGAAAUAUUCGUGUUUUGCGCAGGAAAUAUUUGCAUCGAGGAUUUACUUUGCCCGUUUAACCCGAACCCUUACAAAAGAAUCUAAAGCUUGACAAAACCGAACAAAUACAAUCGAUAUAUAACACACAAUGGACACCGCUGCAUCUAAGAAACCUUGCUGUGAAAGAGUCCGCGAAUUCUUCACGUCUGCAAAAUUCCUCAUUUACCUCGGACAUGCUCUGUCAACAUGGGGGGAUCGGAUGUGGAAUUUUGCUGUGGCUGUGUUUUUGGUGGAGCUGUAUGGCAAUAGUUUACUCUUGACAGCCGUGUAUGGACUGGUGGUUGCGGGGUCCGUCCUCUUACUGGGCGCUAUUAUUGGUGACUGGGUGGACAAAAACCCCAGACUGAAAGUGGCGCAGACAUCUUUGGUUGUCCAGAACAGUGCUGUCAUUCUCUGCGGUAUCCUUCUGAUGGUCGUUUUCCAGUAUAAAGAACAGCUUUCUAACAUGUAUGACGGAUGGUUGCUGACAUCAUGCUACAUUAUGGUCAUCAGCAUUGCUAACAUCGCUAACCUAGCCAGCACAGCUAUGUCCAUCACCAUCCAGAGGGACUGGGUUGUGGUUGUAGCUGGAGAUGAUCGGAGCAAUCUGGCAGAUAUGAACGCAACUGUAAGAAUAAUUGACCAGUUAACCAACAUUCUGGCUCCAAUGCUUGUGGGCCAGAUCAUGUCAUUUGGUUCCCAUUUCAUCGGCUGUGGUUUUAUCUCGGGCUGGAACCUGUUCUCCAUGUGCUUGGAGUACUUCCUGCUUUGGAAAGUUUAUCAGAAGACUCCAGCACUUGCCUUAAAAUCAGGACAGAAGAACACUGAUGACCAGGAGCUGAAGCAUCUCAACAUACAAAAAGAGAUUGGAAAUACUGAAAGUCCAGUUGAAGGCUCCCAGCUGAUGAAUGAAACCGUUGAGGUGAAGAAGAAACCCAGUUGCUGCUACCAAAUGACUGAGCCCAUCCGUACCUUUAAGGAUGGCUGGGUAGCCUACUACAAUCAGUCCAUCUUCUUUGCCGGCAUGUCUCUGGCUUUCCUCUACAUGACCGUUCUGGGCUUUGACUGCAUCACCACGGGCUACGCGUACACUCAGGGCCUGAACGGCUCUGUGCUCAGUCUCCUCAUGGGAGCCUCGGCUAUAUCUGGAAUCUGUGGAACGGUGGGCUUCACCUGGAUCAGAAAGAAGUGCGGCCUGAUCAGAACCGGCUUCAUCGCUGGAGUCGUCCAACUGUCUUGCCUCGUGCUCUGCGUGGCAUCCGUCUUUGCUCCUGGCAGCCCUUUCGAUCUCAGCGUCUCGCCCUUCGAAGAGGUCUUAAAACAUCUGUUUGGAGACAGCGGCUCGCUGCGUGAGAAUCCUACUUUUGUUCCUACAAUUGAACCACAGAUUCAGACAAAUGCCACUGUUUUUGAGGAAGCCCCCCAAGUGGAGUCCUACAUGUCUGUCAGUCUUCUCUUCGCCGGUGUCAUUGCUGCUAGAAUUGGUCUUUGGUCCUUUGACUUGACCGUGACCCAACUGAUCCAAGAGAAUGUGAUUGAGUCCGAGAGAGGAGUCAUCAAUGGUGUCCAGAACUCAAUGAACUAUCUACUUGAUCUCCUGCACUUCAUCAUGGUCAUCCUUGCACCAAAUCCAGAGGCCUUCGGCCUUCUCGUGAUCAUAUCAGUUUCCUUUGUUGCAAUGGGACAUAUGAUGUAUUUCAGGUUUGCCUAUAAAACCCUCCGAAGUCGACUCUUCCUGUUCUGUUCGCCCGAGCAGAAGCCAGAUCCCAAUAUUCCCUCACUUUCCAACUCUGUAUAACUAUUUAAAGAGACCGUAAGCCAA